AUGACACUGGACUACGAGAUAUACAAGGAGGGUGGCCUGCUCAAGGAUCGAUACCAUAAGCUUGAGGAUAUCAGCGAGGGCUCAUACGGGUAUGUGUCCUUGGCGAAGGAUACAAAGCUGAAAAAACUAGUGGCUGUGAAAUACAUAUUCAAGAGUGACGAGGACGAUGUAAAGCGUAGGGACAGGGACGACGGCGCGGAAGCGUCCAACAACUCAUCGCUUGAGAAACGACAGAUGCUUCUUCGGCGGCAGAGAUCGCUUAUCUCUGAAAAGGUGCGGUCUCGGCUUUCUAACCACAUCUGCUUCGAGGCGUUGUAUGAAGUUGAUAUUCAAAGCAAAAUUGGAAAGCAUAAAAACAUUACAGAGUUGUAUGAUUACUUCGACUCCUACAUCAUCAUGGAGUACUGUUCCGGCGGGGAUUUGUACGAAGCUAUCAAGGCGGACACCAUUCCCCGGAAAACGAGACAGUUGACGCAUAUUAUUUCUCAAAUCUUAGAUGCAGUGGAGUUUGUCCACAGCAAGGGGAUAUACCACAGAGAUAUUAAACCAGAAAAUAUAUUGAUUGCAGAUUCUAAUUGGACUGUAAAGCUAACUGACUGGGGGUUGGCAACAACGGAUCAGACAUCUAUGGAUAGGAAUGUUGGAAGUGAGCGCUACAUGGCGCCUGAGCUAUUUGAGAGCAAUCUGGACUACGAUGAAAGAAACGAGCCAUAUGAAUGCAGUAAGGUUGAUAUUUGGGCAAUUGGGAUUGUUCUACUCAACAUUGUUUUCCAUAAAAAUCCGUUUAGCGUUGCCAAUCAAACAGAUAAGUCUUUCUGUUACUUUGCAGCAAAUAGGGAAGCUCUAUUCGAUGUUUUUUCGACUAUGUCCUACGAUCUCUAUCAGCUUCUAAGACAUAGCUUGACGAUUGAUCCUACGAACAGAUAUCUAAGGGGUAUGAGGGAAGAAUUAUCACACUUGAAUGAAUACACCUUGGAUGACGAAUACUACAACUCCUUACACGACGAAGGUGAAACUGUGUCCGAAGAGGAGGAUACUUACAGUAACGUUUCCAGGUUUCAGGAGGUGGACUCUACCGCUACCACCAAUACCCCACUAUCAGAAAUUGUACCAUCUGUUUCCGCCAACGUUUGUGUUGUACCAGCGAUUACAGUGGAACAGAUCACGCCAGCACCGUCUAAAAAAGAGGCUAAGGAUCCCAUUCCACGUUUUACCUUUACAAAGAGGUCUCACCCGAAAUCCUCCGUCUCUGAGAGAAACACAAAACCUAUUAAGAUCAAACAUAAUCGUAAGAUUAUAAAGAAUACAAGAAAACCAUUGGGUAUUCCAACGCCCAAUAGCCACAUAAACAACUUUUUCCAGGAAUACAACGACAAUAAUGACAGCGAUAACUUUAAUACUAGGGAUUUCUUUACACCGCCCGGGAUAAACAAUGGCUACAUGGAUGGUGUGUUUAACAAACGCACCAGGAACCGUCGGUAUAGCAACUAUUACCACUCUAACGACUAUAACGGCUUCAAUUGCAGGCCUAACUCUGCGAGUGCGGCAAAGUCGUCUUUCCAUAGUGCUGGCUCAUCUGGGAAUAACAAUAGUGGUAAUUAUUAUCGCCGUGGUUCCUCCGUUAGCUGUCAGAAUUCGCCUUCUAACGCCAAAUACGUCCCUCCACAUUCUAGAAACUCCUUUAACAACUCGUCACCGAACAAUAUCAACAACCAACCGAUCACAACGCUUGAGUCCCCCAAAACGAGCAUUACGUAUCACGAACAACAACGCUUGGCACUGGAUGCCGAGCCCGACUUAGAUGAUGUUCUCUUCACGUUGGAAGAGACAGAUGUUGACAAUAAUUUCUUGAAUGACAUGGCAAAUUUGGCGGUCCAUCAACAUAACGAUCAGAGGCCGCGCUCAUCGCUGCAAGUUGAGGGGUUUAAUGCCCUUCCAUCACCACAUAACCAGCACCCCUCCAGUGCAGGUAACACUGAUGUACCCGAGUUGUUGAAGUCAGCUCACUCUCCGUCUGAGCUGCAAAACCACCUCAGGAACUAUAACAUUAGCAAUGGGUUCACCGCUACUCGUAAGACGAGUACCUCAUCUGACUAUAAACCGAAACCUGGUAUAUAUAUUCCGCCGCAUCAUCGGAAGAGCUUUAAUCAGGGAAGUUUUAACGGCAUGAAUGGCUCGGUUUAUGGGAUGGGCCCCACUCUCUCGGUAAAUGGUGAAACUCAUGCUACACCUCCGUAUUCAAAGAAAAAUGGAGCGGGGGUUAGAAAAAACUCUAACGUACAGUGCAAUAACAAUAACAACAGCACAUUGGCAACGCAUAAUGUCGCUGUGAAUACUUCUACCGCCACCAAGAAUGUCAGUGAAGCGGCUGCAGAUAAUGACAUCGACGAACGUCGGAAUUUUGAACCUUUAAACAAAAUCCGGAAGCCAUAUAUGCCGCAUAACCAUGCGUCCAGUACUACGGCAAUUCAGAGCGCGGCGGUCUUUGCUGAUACUAAUGCGGUAGUGUUUGAGGAAGAUAGUGACCCUCUGCCACUGAAAGCUAAGGUGCUACAUGUUCAUUCCCCUCACAAGAUCAAGAGUGGGCGCAAAUCCUCCAUACAGGAUGACUUGGUAGGCUCAUUGGAGCAGUACAAGAAUAAUUGGCUAAUAUUGCAACAGCACCAGGAGUAA